GGGUAUGCGACUAUUUAACUUUCAAUUUCGGUUUGGUUUGACUCGGGGAAACGCGAGUCUGCCUGUCUGAUGAUUGUUGCUUUCUUAAAAUCAAUCUAUCGACAUUAAUCACAGCAGGUUUUCCACGGCAGAGAGAAGAACUGCGAAGCUGAUCGCUUCAGUUUGGUUCUGGUCUUUUCCAGCUUGUCAGUCAGAUACAGGCGCUGUCGUCGUGACGGGAAACUCUGCAGGACAUCAACAUGUCGGGAGACAUGGGGCCUGAGUGGUUGUCUGAGGAGGUGAAAACCGGAACAACCAUUAUUGCCAUUGAGUUCAAUGGUGGUGUUGUGCUGGGCUCUGAUUCCAGGGUGUCAGCAGGAGAGUCUGUGGUGAACAGGGUGAUGAACAAACUGUCUCCACUCCAUGACAAGAUCUACUGUGCUCUGUCAGGAUCUGCCGCAGAUGCUCAGACCAUUGCAGAGAUUGUCAACUACCAGCUAGACGUCCACAGUAUUGAGAUAGGUGAGGACCCCCAGGUUCGCUCAGCUGCCACCCUGGUGCGGAACAUCUCAUACAAGUACAAGGAGGAGCUGUCAGCACAUCUCAUUGUGGCCGGUUGGGACAGGAGAGAGGGAGGGCAGGUGUUUGCAACCCUCAAUGGGCUCCUGACAAGGCAGCCAUUUGCAGUUGGUGGCUCUGGUAGCUUCUAUGUUUAUGGAUUUGUUGAUGCUGAAUAUCGCAGAGGCAUGAGCAAGGAGGAGUGCCAGCAGUUUGUUGUCAACACUCUGUCUUUGGCGAUGAGCCGCGAUGGCUCCAGUGGCGGUGUGGCCUACAUCGUCACCAUUGAUGAACACAGCACGGAGGAGAAAGUCAUUCUAGCUAAUGACCUACCCAAAUUCCCUGACCAGUGAUCAGAAAAUGAUGAUGCAUGUGUUUGUAAUUAGGUAUAUUUUUGGCUGACAAAGCCAUGUCUCUUUUCUUUUUUUUCAGACCAGUCUGUCAAAUUUCAAAAUAGUUGACCAAAUCAGAUUUUCAGCUGAAAUGUACUGGAUAUGUAUAAUUUUAAUAAAAGGGGAAAACACAUUCAA